AUGUUCAAACGUUUCGGUGGUUCCUCGGGUAUUUGGAAACCGAAGAAUCCGCACUCGUUGGAGUACUUGAAAUAUUUGCAUGGAAUUUUGAUGAAAAAUGAACGUGUAACAGAGCACAAUCGAACGUUGUUAGUGGAAGCUUUGCGAGCAAUUGCUGAGAUUUUAAUUUGGGGUGACCAAAAUGACAGCUCUGUUUUUGAUUUUGAAAAAAUUUUGUUUUGGAAGUUUCAGUCCACUCAAGAAUUCCCCCUUUAUACGGAGGCAAUAAAAUUUUACAAUCACAGUGAAGGAAUGGUUCGAAUAGCUGUACGCACAACAACGCUUAACAUCUUCAAAGGUUUUAGUUUCUCUUAUGAUAAUUAUUUCUCACGAGUCUAUUUUCCGCUUGUGAUGGUGGAAGAUGAAUUAAUGCGUACAUUUGUAAGAAACAAGUCACGUGAUUAUUUUUGUGCGGUUGUUGAUCUGACAGCCUUCCAUUCGAUCGAUAUCGAUCAGUUUGCGAGAUCAGCUGAGAACGAAUCAUCGAAUCGCGAUCGACUCUGCGAUUUGAUCUGUGAAAAUUUGGAUCAUAUUCAUUACCUCAAUGAUAUUUUUUUGAUCAAGGAUGAACAUCUAUCAGCAGUAUUAUCCGAAAUUGUCUUUCGACGUCUACUCGCUCCACUCUAUCUGUGCUCGUUGGCGUCACUGAGAAUAUGUCCAAAUGCAAUAAUCCUCUCUCCAGUUUCAUCGCUUUUCCUCCUUUCACAAUUCCUUUUGGUGGUCACCGAUUCACAGGCAGUUCAAACACUGUUGUCAUCGUUUUUCUUUGGGGAUGGCAGUGAUGUGCGACAACAGUGGAGUCGAUCACAACCCGAUGCCAAAUUGAUUCUUGUGAAUCUUCCAUUAACGAACACUACUUCUAACAGGGUAUUCUUCAACAGUUAUUUAAAGUCGUUGAAUUGUGAACGGAACGACCAUGCUGCCUUCUUUGGCCUCUUAUUCCUGUAUGCGAUCUGUCAGAAUAAAGGUGUUAUGGCGGAGAUAUUGACUGCCGCCCAGAUUACUCCAUCGAUGGACUGCGAGUUAGCAGAUUCUGAGCAUGGUCUAUUGGAAGUGUUACUUUCAAUCCUUUCACUAAGUACGAAAUCAGAUACAGUGGUACGAGUGGUAACUGUAGAGUUGUGUUGUAUGAUAUUGCGCCAGUUGUUGUUAGCGGUCGACAUUCAUACGACUCCGUAUUCGAGAUGCGAAGCGGUAGCCGAUCAGGCACGGAAUGAAACCAUUUUAUCGCUAUCGAAUGUUCUCUACAAUGAGGAUCUCUUUUUGGAAAUGUUCGAAGAUGAAUAUUAUCAAUUUGAGCGUGAUUCAUUUCGUAUAUCACUGAUCUGUGAUGAUCCAUGUUUGCUGCUGCCACCUUCGAAUACGCCGUUGAGUGGAGUGCCAUUGAAUAAACGAUUGCCGAGUGGAUCUGAAGAAAGGAUACGACGUACAAUUCAGUUGUAUUUCCAUUUCCGAAAAUUUGUUCUUGAUCUUCGAGAUGAAUCGGAAACGCAGUUGCCAUUGUCGACAAAAGGAAACACUGUCGUCGAAGUGAAUGACUGUAUCAACUUAGAGAACAGCGAUUUACUGUCGUGUACAGUUGUGUUGACGAAAGGUGAACGACACCAACGGUUUUUAGUUGCUGAUCAACUUCAGUUGAUACUCGUUGAGCCAGAUACCAAAAGGCUUGGCUGGGCCAACGUUCGUUUUGUCGGCUUGUUGCAGGAUACUCAAUUGACCGGCGAUCCAGGCGAGAGUCGAGCGCUGCACGUUGUGGUGAAUGAUGCCCGAACACGAUCGCAUCUGAAGAACGAGCCGCUGUUGAGUGCCAAAUUCCUGUUCGAAGAUCAUAUCAGAUGUAUGGCGGCUAAACAACGUCUCACAAAGGGUCGUCAAGCAGCACGUCAUAUGAAAUUAGAUUUAAUCUGUGACGUGUUGGGACUGCCGAAACGCUCGCUCACACCAGGCAGUAAUCGAAAUCCUUUCCGUAUCGUGAAAGGAUGUGCUCCAGGAUCACUUCGCAGACAAUCGCAGCAGUUACAAAUAGCUACCACGUCGAGUAGCGGUCCAUCGAGUGGUAAAUCGUCAACAACUUCGUUAAACAUUGUCCCGGAUGAUCCCAAACCCGCACCCGCUACGAUUCCGUCGUCGUCAUCUGCCGCUUCAGCAAGUACGUUGGGUGUACGAAACGCAAACGGUAUUCAAGAUCUAGAUAUAUUGACUACACUUUUAUGUGGAUACUAUAGUUGGAGAUAUUCGGUGAAUAUGGCCGAAGCAGCAAGUUCCUCAACACAGAUUCCUAGUGAUUCAUUUCCAUGUAUCAUUGUAUUGGGUAUGGCUGGAUCUGGGAAAAGUUCCUUUGUACAGCGACUGACAGCACGUUUACACGAGAAGAAAUCGAUACCAUAUGUGAUUAAUCUGGAUCCAGCCGUCAAUACAGUACCGUAUCCGGCGAAUAUCGAUAUUCGAGAUACGGUCAAAUACAAAGAAGUGAUGCGUGAAUAUGGCCUUGGCCCGAACGGAGCGAUUAUGACUUGUCUCAAUCUCAUUUGCACUAGAUUCGAUCAGGUGCUAACACUGGUGAAUAAACGUGCCGGUGUUUGUUCGCAUUGUCUGAUCGACACACCCGGUCAAAUCGAAGCGUUCACGUGGUCCGCAUCAGGAACGAUUAUAACUGAUUCACUGGCAUCAGCCAAUCCAACAAUGAUUGCCUACGUUAUGGAUUCUGUUCGUGCCACAAACCCGAUCACUUUCAUGUCCAAUAUGCUAUACGCUUGUUCGAUUUUCUAUCGUACCAAAUUACCUUUCAUUAUCGUUUUGAAUAAGGCUGAUAUAGUACGACCGACGUUUGCAACGAAAUGGAUGCGAGAUUUUGAAAGCUUUCAACAGGCACUAGACGAGAACAGCUCAACGUAUAUGAACGAUUUAACGCGAUCGCUGAGUUUGGUUCUUGAUCAGUUCUAUGAGAAUUUUUCAGCUGUUCCAGUGUCAUCUCUAACCGGUGAGGGUAUUGAUGAGUUCUUGGAGGCAGUCAAGAAAUGUACGCAAGAAUAUUACGAUGUUUAUCGACCAAUGUAUGAGAAACUUGCGAAAGAUAAGGUAUCGUUGAAAUUAUUGAUGAAACAUGAAGAAGAGGAAAAUGUCGAGAAAUUGUCAAACUUGACUGUCAAAGAAAGGGAGUUAUUGAGUGUGAAUCCACCGGAAGCCGGAAGAAUUUUUGAGAAAAUUCAUUUGGGUGGUGUUGAUGAGGAGAAUGAGGAGGAUUCAGAGGUUCCACGUUGA